AUGACCAAGGGAUUUCUUUUUGUUCUAGGCGAAAACGCCUAUUUUAUGGCGAAGCGCAACGCGGAGUUUAUCGUGAAAUUUUCAACAGCGUACCCGUUCAGACUACCUGAGGAUUCUAUGGUUUGUGUGUACUGUUGCGAAAGUUAUGACGAUCCCGCCAUGUACAGAAAGCACAUGGACGAGGAACACCAAACAUUCAACGUCCGUAUGGCGUUCGUUCACUGCACAGAAGGCUACAUUAAAGUAGACUGCACAGAUUUACGAUGUCGCCUUUGUACGGACACGUUUGAGAGUUUAGAAGACGUUGCUCACCAUUUGUACCAUAAACAUGAGCAAUCCCUCGAUCUAUCGUUCGAAUUGGGCAUGCAACCGUUCAAACUAGAGAAAGAUAAAAUGGCCUGCGCCAUAUGUAAAGCGAAGUCGUUAUGCCUAAGACAAUUAAGUAGGCACACGCAAUCUCACUUCCUGAAAUACACGUGUGAUGCUUGUGGGAAAUCGUACUCAACUAUAACAUCUUUAAAACACCACAUAACAUACACUCAUUCGGGACAGGAGAGGAUAUGCAGAAAGUGUAAAAAAACUUUUGCGACGUUAUCGGAAAAACGUGAACAUUCAAUUCAGUCUAAGAAGUGCUGGUCUCAUCUUUGUAACGUUUGCGGAGAAAGAUUCCUAACUUGGAACAUCAAGCAAGCGCAUAUGGCCAAAGUUCAUGGUGCCCCGAAAAGAACUUACGUAUGUCCAGAAUGUGGUGAAGUGUUUCCCGAUAGGAAAAAAUACCGCGUCCAUUUUAAAAUUUUGCACACAGAUGACAAUUUUGUUUGCACAUGCUGCGGACUCAAGUUUGAUACGAAACGUAAUUUGGAGAACCAUAGAGUAAUUCAUACGAAAGAAAAGCUUUUUCCUUGUCCGGUUUGUUCUAAAUCGUUUCCUAGAAAGAAGAAUUUAGUUCAACACAUGUGGAUACAUAGCGAAUUAAAGAGGUUUAGUUGUACUUUAUGCAAUAAACAAUUUAAUCAAAGAGUCAGUUGGAAAACUCAUAUGAAAUCGUAUCAUCCGGACUUAGCUGAUUUUCAAGGCAUGCAGAACAGUAAAGUGAAAAUGGUUCUCACUGUUUUGAAAAAUGAUGAC